AUGGAGACCCGGAAGAGAAAACCCUUAUCAGACCUGACAAAUACCUUCAAUUUAAUCCCCACAUCCACUCUCCGUAAGCUUGUAGCCUCAAAACCCCCGAAUUCAAUUCUAAAAUCAAAUCCAAUAUAUUCCGAUUCCGAAACCAAUUCUGGUACUAGUAUCGGGUCAUCCAAUGUUAGCGCCGCACGGAAUUCGCAUAUCGUUCAAUUUUCGAACGACCCUUGUCGUCCACUAUUGUCAAUUGCUUCACCUGGUGAUGGGGAAACUAAGAAUGGAGCAUCCAGGCGAAGACGGACCACAUAUGGACCUCAGAAAGAGAGUGAUGCUGUUGCUGCAACCCGUAGCUCCACUUCUCUUUUGAAGAUGAAGUGUAAAGGGAAGGCUAUUACUGUACCAUCCUAUUGCCCACCUCCUGGGAAAGCAGAGGACUAUGGGAACCCAAUUCACAGUUCUCGUAGUUUUCUGGAGAACUCAAUGGAAAAGGAGAAAGGAAGUGCCAGUCCUUUUAGUGAAUAUGUUAAAAACAUGGAAGUUGGAAAGGAAAUUCUCAAUCCUUCUAGCUGCUUAUUUGAAAAGGGAGAGAAAGGGAAGACAAUUCUCAAUGCUUCUGGCUGCUCAACUGAGAAAACAAAAGAGCUAAGGAAGGGAAUCCUUAAUCCUUCUAACUUCUCAUAUGAGAAAAGAGAGGAGAGAGGGGUUGUGAUUUGUAGUCUUUCUAGCUCCUCACCUGAGAAAUCAAAAGACAUAGGGAAGACAAUCCCCAAUCAUUAUAGCUUGUCGUUUGAGAAAACAAAGGAUAAAGGGAAGGCUGUUGUCAAUUCUUCUGGCUGCUCAAUUGGGAAAACAAAAGAGCUGAUCCUUAAUCCUUCUAGCUGCUCAUAUGAGAUAAGAAAGGAAAGAGGGGUUGUAAUUUGUAGUCCUUCUAACUCCUCAAUCGAGAAAACGAAAGAGAUAGGGAAUACAAUUCUCAAUCCUUCUAGCUUGUCAGUUGAGAAAACAAAGGAUAAAGGGAAGGCUGUUCUCAAUGCUUCUGGCAGCUCAAUUGAGAAAACAAAAGGCCUGAUCCUUAAUCCUUUUAGCAGCUCCUAUGAGAAAAGAAAGGAAAGAGGGGUUGUGAUUCGGAGUCUGUCUAGCUCCUCACUCGAGAAAACAAAAGAGAUAGGGAAUACCAUCCUCAAUCCUUCUAGCACAUCAGUUGAAAAAACAAACGAUAAAGGGAAGACUGUUCUCAAUCCUUUUGGCUGCUCAACUGAGAAAGAGGAGAAAGGGAAGUCCAUUCUCAAUCCUUUUAGCUCCUCGCUUCAGACAGCAAAGAAGAGGGGGGAAGUGAUUCUCGUUCCUAGCUCAGUUGAAAAAAUAAAAGAUAAAGGGGCAUCUGCUACUGUGUCGGUUAAUUACACUUCUCGGAGAAGAAAAAGUGGAAAGAGGACGAUAGAUAUUGGGGCUUCUAGUUGCCCUCCUUUGCUGAAUGCCAAGAAUGGUUUUAAUGAAUCUGGAGAUGUUAAAUCAUCAAAGUCAUGGACUGAUCCUCAGCCUAAACGUAAAAAGAAGAGUUGCAUGCAGCGGAAAGAUGCUAAUGACUAUAGCUUGCCAAAAGAUUUUAUUGAACAGCAGAGAGCAUAUUUUGAAGAAAUUGACAAGUUUGAAUUGCCAGUUGAGGAAGUAUAA